UGGACGGUACAGUGAUUAUCUACACUAUACUUUCUCGUUUUGUCACAGUGUGCUAUUCAUUUCUGUUUAUUAGAAGUUGCAACUAUUAGAUCUACUGGCUACAUGGUGCACGUCCUUCGCACCCACUUGCUGCAGUAAGGAGAGGGAAGUAGCCAGAUAGUGUAGCCAACAUCAGUCCAGGGUGACAGCUAAAGCACAAUUAUUGUAGUGAUUUUCACCGAAAAUGUAGGCAACAACUACGGCAUUAACCUCUACAUUUUUGUGUAAAAUAAACAAAAAAUUAGCUACUCCGGUAAAAACGAAAUUAUUGUGAACACACUCCCAAGUCCCAACUUCGGCAGACAAGUUUCUAAUUCUCGCUGAAGUUUCUAGUCACAUCUAUAGAUGGCUACCUGGGAAGGGCUCAUCAAGACGACUGCCUGAACAGACCAGUGUUGCCAAAUAUUUUUCAGUGUGAUCUGCUGAGUUGUCGCUAGAUUACGUUUAGCCGUUGCCGCGACGACCUCACAGCACCAAUUUGCACGGCUGCGGUCCCCAAUUUAGCGUUUUCGCCCGCUCCUGUUCAGCUUCCCUGCCUGUGUGUGCGUGUUGCUGCGACUUCUGUUGCACAGACAGCUUCUCCAACUCUCGUUUGCGGCAGAAUUGAUUGGGAAAAGUCGCUAAAUACCAUCAAAACCCUCAGUGUCAAAACAACCCAAAGGUUGCCUGAAAAGUAGGUGAAUUUGUCGCUAGAAUCUUUUACCAAUAAAAGUAGCUGGAGGGGUCUGGAAAUAUAGCAGCUAAAUUGGCAACACUGGAACUGACAACCGAAUCCAUUCGACUCUCGCUGCGCGACAUAGCGUCAUCAAUUUAUUUGGGAACCAGGCGUCGCGUUGCCAUGAAAGUGUUGUUCAAAGUGAUGGCGCGUACAAGAAAGUGUCGUCUUUUGUAACUCGUUGUAGAACUUUGGUCAUUUUACGAUUCUCUGAUGGAAAGACGCAAUGAGGAUGAGAAGCUCAAUGCCCCGUCCGAUUUUAUGGCAUCAAUUGUUGCAAGUGUCAUGUCACGUGCUUUUUGCAAGUUAAUCGUCCUCAUGUAUUAAAUACAGGGAAGUCAGAGGACACUGAUGCCCCCAUUCCAUUUCACAGCAAGCAUCCAGUCUACCUCAAUCACAGUACCAGGGACUGCAAGGGGACGAGGGAAAACACCAAUAACAUGGGUUACCCCUGCCACAACACCACCAUCAGACUCUGGCCCUGCCAACCCAUGGCUCACUAACACUCAGGCCAAACAGGAAAUUCUUGGAACUGCGCAGAGAAAACCAGAGGAUUCUGUUACAUGGAGACAACUCCAGAGGGAUGAAGUCAACAGAGGAUUAUGCUAACUCCAGGGCAAGAUCUGGAGAGAGAGGUGAGCAGGCCUCCAGAUGGGAGACAGAAUGGAGGCUGGACACGGAGCGUCUCAGGGCAGAGUCAGAGAGACUGAGAGGCCAGGCAGAGUCAUGAAAUAGAGGCGAUGUGGUAGGAGUUAUAUACGACUAAGACUGAGCUCAGAUAAGAGAGAGGAAAAAGAGCGACUCAGCACCCAGACUCUGUCAAACCCUCUCCUGAAGAAUGGGCCUAAAGGCACUCGGGUUCUGCGCCGCUGGAGAGAGAAGGUCUUCAUGUUGUUGGUCCAGCUUCGCUCAAAGGACAUCGAACUGAGGGGAGAAAAGGAAAAACUUCACUCAAUUAUCUCGUCUCUGGAGCAGGAGGUGAAGAAGGAGAAGUACCAGUCUAGUGUGUUCCAGCAUAGCCUGCAGGACAGAACAGCUGAGCUGGACCUGGAGAGGAUGGCCAGGGAGGCCGUGACGCAGGAUGUGGCCAGGACUCAGAGGGAGAACACAAGCUGGAGUCAGAAGGCUGGGGUUGGACUGAAGACCGUGACAGAGGCUGUCCAGAGGACUGAUGAUGAGGAAGGUGGCCCUAUGGAGAGUGCAGCAGGCCACUAAAGCAGCCGACCCUUUCUCUGAGAGUGCCUCUGUCAGAGAGCUCCAGGCAGAGCUGGCCUCGGCGUGUGAGGAGAGAGACAAGGUCACGCAGGAGCUCAAGAGAACCCCAGAGCUCAUUGAGAGUGCCCUGGCUGAUGUCCGUGAGCAGUUCGACAGUGAGGUGAGGCAGCUGAGGCAGGCUGCAGAGCGGAGCAGGGGGGAGGCCCAGGAGUCCCAGGCUGCAAGAGAGGAGGCCCAGCAGAGGCUGCAGGAGGCCCACACACAGCUGGAGGAGAGCAGCCUCAACCUGGAGCAGCUCCAUGCACAGCUGAUUAGCCAACAAGAGACCAGUGACAGAGCCUUGCAGGAGAGAGUGUUUGAGACAGAGGAUUGCUGUGCUCAACAGCUGAGAGUGAUGGAGUCUCUACUCAACACGGCAAGAAGAGAACACACCAAAGCAGUGCUGGCCCUGUGUCAAUUUGAGAUACAGGCAGAGGGAGAGAGGGAGCAGGAGAGAGAAGCACAUUGCCUCCAGAGUGAACACACAAAGAGGGAAAUCCAGGAUCUACAGAAACUACUUCAGGACAAGGACAGAAACCUACAUUUGGUUUGUAUAAUUAGUGUCCCCAGGGGACAGUGCGUGAGAGGGGUCUGAUGAGUGAGUAUGAGGCAGCUCGGACCACAGCCCUGCAGACUUCUGUGGCCUUGGAGGAGCAGCAGAGACCCUCAGGGAAGAGCAACACUCUGAAAGCCAAAGACAAGCCACAGACCAUAGGUAACUUCCACCUACACACCAUUUUGUCACAUUACCUCUUCAUAUGAAUACCGUCUUGUAUUAUAUAAUACAAGUACAGUGCCUUAGCAA